AUGAUUUUGCAUGAGUUUGUGAGUUUGGCACUUCUAGCCACCGUCGUACAAGCGGCUACUACAACGGUUUCAACAACAUCGACAUUCCCCUUUACCAGUUACUCGCAAAGUUCUACAGACCAAUGGCUCAUAGAGACAGACGGGUCUUUGACUUUCAGCAGUAUUCUGAACUUGAAAACAGGCAAAAACUUCGAAAAUUAUGGCGAUGUGAUCAUGAACGCUAACCCAGGUGCUACUUUGGAAAUGGAUUCCUUAACUAAUUAUGAAACCGGUUCGGUUAAGAUAGCUGCCUCUGGAGGAAGCUUAACAUUUCAGAGCUCUAACACAUAUACCAACCAGGGCUUAUGGGUCAUGUCAACACCUGGCGAUUUAGAAGUCGAUUUGACUGAUUCCCUGUACACUUUACUCAACUCUGGUUCCUUGACAUAUGAAUCGGGUGGCGACAUGGCUAUUUCUGUUUCGAAAGUUUUCAUAAACUCAGAAGAAGUUAGUUUCACUGCUAGUGGAAAGGGAACGUUCUCCUUCUCUAGUGAUUUUACCAACUCAGGAACCAUGAUUGUAACUUCUAGUUCUGUAUCUGAUACCUUUAAGAUCUCGGACACUUUUGUCAAUGAUAAUUAUUUUGUUUAUAAUUAUGGUCUGAACUCUGGUACUGCUUUCAGUCUCUCCAGCUUGUUGUCCACUUACACGAAUAACGGAAUCAUGAAUAUUUAUGGAUCCACUGGUUCUACAAACAUGAACCAAGAUGGACCCAUUGUGAACGAUGGUUCCAUUUGUCUCAGACAUACAACUUAUAAUGGUGGAGCAAAGCUUUCAGGAACUGGUUGUUGGGUUUUAGCUGAUUCUUCUGUUUUCACUCAGCAUGUUGCUCGUUUGGCUAAUACGCAGACAAUUGUUUUCAAUGAUACUUCUGCUUCGAUCCGUGUUUCGAGUGUGGGGUUGGGUUCACAUUAUACUAUUUAUGGAGUCCAGAACGGUAUGACUUUCCUUACCUCAUCACUUCUAAUUGGCAGUGUUGUUUACUCUCCAUUCACAGGUAUCUUGACAUUGACACUGGGUCUUCUUUCAACAACCUAUGAUAUAGGUUUAGGAUACGAUCCCACAGGUUUUACCGUAUCCAGCAACAAUGUGAGAUAUGUUGGAAACGAUCCUGUUAAAAGAGACAUUCCUGGGGAAUGUAUUUGUGAACCACAGGAGCAAUCGUCGUCCGUUUUCUCAUCAUCUGCAAGCUCCUCGUCAAGCAUCUCGGAAACAUCAUCCGAGGCUACUUCGUCUCAGUCAUCUGAAGCUACUUCGUCUCAGUCAUCUGAAGUUUCUUCGUCUCAGUCGUCCGAGGCUUCAUCGUCUCAGUCGUCCGAGGCUUCAUCGUCUCAGUCGUCCGAGGCUUCAUCGUCUCAGUCGUCCGAGGCUUCAUCGUCUCAGUCAUCUGAAGCUACUUCGUCUCAGUCAUCUGAAGCUUCUUCGUCUCAGUCGUCCGAGGCUUCAUCGUCUCAGUCGUCCGAGGCUUCAUCGUCUCAGUCGUCCGAGGCUUCUUCGUCUCAGUCGUCCGAGGCUUCUUCGUCUCAGUCGUCCGAGGCUUCAUCGUCUCAGUCGUCCGAGGCUGCUUCGUCUCAGUCGUCCGAGGCUUUAUCGUCUCAGUCGUCCGAAGCUUCGCCUCAGUCAUCUGAAGCUUCAUCAUCUCACCCCGCUUCUGCCUCCAACUCUCAAACUGAGCAGUCGACGGCCCCUUCUGUGCAAACUUCUCAAUCAGUCGAGGAAUCUCAGGCACUUAAUUCUAAUACUGAGUACACUACCACUUGGACCACCACCAACUCUGAUGGAUCUGUUGAAACUGACUCUGGAGUUGUUAUUGUGACUACUGACUCCGCAGGUGUUCUCACCACGAGCACUUCUAAGCUUUCUCCAGCUCAGUACACCACCACCUGGACCACCACCAACUCUGACGGAUCUGUUGAAACUGAUUCUGGAGUUGUUUUUGUGACUACUGAUUCUGCAGGUGUUCUUACCACGAGCACUUCUAAGCUUUCUCCAGCUCAGUACACUACUACUUGGACCACCACCAACUCUGACGGAUCUGUUGAAACUGAUUCUGGAGUUGUUAUUGUGACUACUGACUCCGCAGGUGUUCUUACCACGAGCACUUCUAAGCUUUCUCCAGCUCAGUACACUACUACUUGGACCACCACCAACUCUGACGGAUCUGUUGAAACUGAUUCUGGAGUUGUUAUUGUGACUACUGAUUCUGCAGGUGUUCUCACCACAAGCACUUCUAAGCUUGCUCCAGCUCAGUACACUACCACUUGGACCACCACCAACUCUGACGGAUCUGUUGAAACUGAUUCUGGAGUUGUUUUUGUGACUACUGAUUCUGCAGGUGUUCUUACCACGAGCACUUCUAAGCUUUCUCCAGCUCAGUACACUACUACUUGGACCACCACCAACUCUGACGGAUCUGUUGAAACUGAUUCUGGAGUUGUUAUUGUGACUACUGACUCCGCAGGUGUUCUUACCACGAGCACUUCUAAGCUUUCUCCAGCUAAGUACACCACCACCUGGACCACCACCAACUCUGACGGAUCUGUUGAAACUGAUUCUGGAGUUGUUUUUGUGACUACUGAUUCCGCAGGUGUUCUUACCACGAGCACUUCUAAGCUUUCUCCAGCUCAGUACACUACUACUUGGACCACCACCAACUCUGACGGAUCUGUUGAAACUGAUUCUGGAGUUGUUAUUGUGACUACUGAUUCUGCAGGUGUUCUCACCACAAGCACUUCUAAGCUUGCUCCAGCUCAGUACACUACCACUUGGACCACCACCAACUCUGACGGAUCUGUUGAAACUGAUUCUGGAGUUGUUAUUGUGACUACUGAUUCUGCAGGUGUUCUUACCACAAGCACUUCUAAGCUUGCUCCAGCUCAGUACACUACUACUUGGACCACCACCAACUCUGACGGAUCUGUUGAAACUGAUUCUGGAGUUGUUUUUGUGACUACUGAUUCUGCAGGUGUUCUCACCACAAGCACUUCUAAGCUUGCUCCAGCUCAGUACACUACCACUUGGACCACCACCAACUCUGAUGGAUCUGUUGAAACUGACUCUGGAGUUGUUAUUGUGACUACUGACUCCGCAGGUGUUCUUACCACAAGCACUUCUAAGCUUGCUCCAGCUCAGUACACUACUACUUGGACCACCACCAACUCUGACGGAUCUGUUGAAACUGAUUCUGGAGUUGUUUUUGUGACUACUGAUUCUGCAGGUGUUCUCACCACAAGCACUUCUAAGCUUGCUCCAGCUCAGUACACUACCACUUGGACCACCACCAACUCUGAUGGAUCUGUUGAAACUGACUCUGGAGUUGUUAUUGUGACUACUGACUCCGCAGGUGUUCUUACCACGAGCACUUCUAAGCUUUCUCCAGCUCAGUACACCACCACCUGGACCACCACCAACUCUGAUGGAUCUGUUGAAACUGAUUCUGGAGUUGUUUUUGUGACUACUGAUUCUGCAGGUGUUCUUACCACGAGCACUUCUAAGCUUGCUCCAGCUCAGUACACUACCACUUGGACCACCACCAACUCUGACGGAUCUGUUGAAACUGAUUCUGGAGUUGUUUUUGUGACUACUGACUCCGCAGGUGUUCUUACCACGAGCACUUCUAAGCUUUCUCCAGCUAAGUACACCACCACCUGGACCACCACCAACUCUGACGGAUCUGUUGAAACUGAUUCUGGAGUUGUUUUUGUGACUACUGAUUCCGCAGGUGUUCUUACCACGAGCACUUCUAAGCUUUCUCCAGCUCAGUACACUACUACUUGGACCACCACCAACUCUGACGGAUCUGUUGAAACUGAUUCUGGAGUUGUUAUUGUGACUACUGAUUCUGCAGGUGUUCUCACCACAAGCACUUCUAAGCUUGCUCCAGCUCAGUACACUACCACUUGGACCACCACCAACUCUGACGGAUCUGUUGAAACUGAUUCUGGAGUUGUUAUUGUGACUACUGAUUCUGCAGGUGUUUUUACCACAAGCACUUCUAAGCUUGCUCCAGCUCAGUACACUACUACUUGGACCACCACCAACUCUGACGGAUCUGUUGAAACUGAUUCUGGAGUUGUUUUUGUGACUACUGAUUCUGCAGGUGUUCUCACCACAAGCACUUCUAAGCUUGCUCCAGCUCAGUACACUACCACUUGGACCACCACCAACUCUGAUGGAUCUGUUGAAACUGACUCUGGAGUUGUUAUUGUGACUACUGACUCCGCAGGUGUUCUUACCACGAGCACUUCUAAGCUUUCUCCAGCUCAGUACACUACCACUUGGACCACCACCAACUCUGACGGAUCUGUUGAAACUGAUUCUGGAGUUGUUAUUGUGACUACUGAUUCUGCAGGUGUUCUCACCACAAGCACUUCUAAGCUUGCUCCAGCUCAGUACACUACCACUUGGACCACCACCAACUCUGACGGAUCUGUUGAAACUGAUUCUGGAGUUGUUAUUGUGACUACUGAUUCUGCAGGUGUUCUUACCACAAGCACUUCUAAGCUUGCUCCAGCUCAGUACACUACUACUUGGACCACCACCAACUCUGACGGAUCUGUUGAAACUGAUUCUGGAGUUGUUUUUGUGACUACUGAUUCUGCAGGUGUUCUCACCACAAGCACUUCUAAGCUUGCUCCAGCUCAGUACACUACCACUUGGACCACCACCAACUCUGAUGGAUCUGUUGAAACUGACUCUGGAGUUGUUAUUGUGACUACUGACUCCGCAGGUGUUCUUACCACGAGCACUUCUAAGCUUUCUCCAGCUCAGUACACCACCACCUGGACCACCACCAACUCUGAUGGAUCUGUUGAAACUGAUUCUGGAGUUGUUUUUGUGACUACUGAUUCUGCAGGUGUUCUUACCACGAGCACUUCUAAGCUUGCUCCAGCUCAGUACACUACCACUUGGACCACCACCAACUCUGACGGAUCUGUUGAAACUGACUCUGGAGUUGUUAUUGUGACUACUGAUUCUGCAGGUGUUCUCACCACAAGCACUUCUAAGCUUGCUCCAGCUCAGUACACCACCACCUGGACCACCACCAACUCUGAUGGAUCUGUUGAAACUGAUUCUGGAGUUGUUUUUGUGACUACUGAUUCUGCAGGUGUUCUCACCACAAGCACUUCUAAGCUUGCUCCAGCUCAGUACACCACCACCUGGACCACCACCAACUCUGAUGGAUCUGUUGAAACUGAUUCUGGAGUUGUUUUUGUGACUACUGAUUCUGCAGGUGUUCUUACCACGAGCACUUCUAAGCUUGCUCCAGCUUCCGAGGUCACCAGCUCAGGAUCAUCCACUAUUUCUGCUGAACCAACUUCUUUGUCCACUGCAUCACCAUUGAUUAAUCCGGCAGGUUUGGUUGGGCUUGACAUCAUCACUGAUAUUUCAGUUCAUGACAAUUCUACUGGUAGUUUUAUCGGCUACAAAGAUGAUCUUUUCACCGUUGUUGUUACACUUAAAAGUGCAAGUUCAAUUCCAUUGGGUUCAAUUACUCAAUUUACUGUCCCAGAAGUCUUCUACGGUAACUUGAAUCCAUUUGAGGUUUACUCCGGUGAUGGCGAAUAUGUGGGGACUAUCUCGAGUGAUGAUUCUAACGUUUUCACCAUCGUCUUCGAUGGUAAAUUUGGUCUGACUCACACUGAUAUUGAAGCUGCUUUUACUUUCAAUGUUAAGUUGAGAUACACCACGGCGCUCACCAAGCGUGCAGAGUUGUCGUUGGAUCUUAGUAGACCAGUGGCUCAGCCAUUUGUUUUCACCACUGUUUCAUCUGCGUUCACUUCUAUCAUCUUUUUCCCUGAUGUUUCUUUGGAUGGUAUUGUUGGCAAAGUGCUUAUUGGCGAUGUCUACGUAUUUGUUGGGGAUGCCCUUUCUGGCGCAUCCAAUUCUGCUAUUUCCACUGGAUACUCUGCACCAUUCUCAUACUGGAACAACACUGUUACUGCCACUGAGACUGGCACAUCUCUCGUCACUGUCACUUCCUGUGCUAAUGGUAACUGUCAUGGAACUUCCAAGCUGACUUCGAAGGCUUCAUCUGCUGUUGCACCAACUACGGUCUCGGUAACCAAGGAUCUGACCGUGAUUGUGACCAUCACUUCUUGCUCUAAUCACGUCUGUGUUCCAACCACGUCUAAGGCUUUGGCUUCCAUUGCAACCACCACUGUCCACGGCGAGGUUGUCUUGUACACCACUUACUGUCCACUUAGCAGUGAGACCGGUGAGAAGGCUGCCCAGGAGACUUCUGGAUCCGCCAACUCUGGAUCCAACUCGGGCUCUAACGCUGGUUCUGCCAACGCUGGCUCUAACGCUGGUUCUGCCAACGCUGGUUCCAACUCUGGCUCCAACGCUGGUUCCAACUCUGGCUCCAACGCUGGUUCCAACUCUGGCUCCAACUCUGGCUCCAACGCUGGUUCCAACUCUGGCUCCAACGCUGGUUCCAACUCUGGCUCCAACGCUGGUUCCAACUCUGGAUCCAACUCGGGUUCUAACGCUGGUUCUGCCAACGCUGGUUCUAACGUCGGUUCUAACGCUGCAUCUGGAGCAAAUGUCCAAUAUGACACAGGUAUAUCGACUUUGAUUACUGCUACCAAGUCUACAUCUUCUACGUCCGGUAAUACAGGUCCGGCUGUAUCUGUCAACGAGAAUAGCGCUCGCGGAAGUGUCAACACCAGUUCUUUCACUGCUAUUUUCAUUGGAUUGUUGUCUCUUCUUACUACUUUUGUUUAG